AUGUCUGCGCCUCGUCGCAACGGCCAACUGUCGUCAUGCGAGCCUUGCCGGAAAUCCAAGCUCCGAUGCGAUCACUCGACUCCGACCUGCAAACGCUGCGAGCGCCGUGGUAAAUCGGACCUCUGUGUUUACCAUCCCGCCCCACUGACCAAGCCGCGCCAGUCUGGCCAGAUCCUCAAGGCAACCCAGAAAACUACCAAUCUCCAACCGUUGUUGUGCGCGAAGACAAUUUCCGUCACCAGUCUCGGGAGCUCCGCGUCCGUCAGCCUGCUGGGAGCCGCACAGUUUCCCAACAUCUCCAAACGUCAUCUGUCAGGCAGCGGUUUUCUGGGACCGACCAGUUACUCGGGCAGCGUGUUCAGCAAUGAGGUUGAGCUGGAGCUGGGGGGUCGCGCCCCGUUCUCCCAAACAGACACGCCCAUUGACCCUCAGCGAGUGAAUCAGGGAGCCCAAGUACUUUCAUUAAUCGAGCAUCUCGACUUGUACGAGAAACUGACAGAAAAUCGCAACAAGAUCGUACCAGGCUGGAUCUUUGGUCCCCCGUUCUUAAUGCCACUCUUUGCACAACUGAGAGCCUCCUACCGCAAUGCAACCGCAGGAUCAGAUAACAAGUACGCACGGCUCCUGGAUCUGUCCCGAGUCCUGUUCAAGAACUCGGCUGUUCCAAUCGAAACAAAAUCCUCCAUGUCCAUAUGUGACUACCUCUCUCAGUUCACGCUCCGCUGGGACAUGAUCGGUCUUGUAUUUGCAGUGGCAGGCUCAGCGACAUUUCAAGUCCCCCAACAGGAGCUUGACGGCAUAUUCAAGGACUCGCCCGGAACAACCAAAGAAGGAUUGCGCCAGAUGACUUUCCAGGCAACUGAGGCCUGUCUGCAAUUCUGUAAUGAUCUAGGCAUCAUUAGCGAUCCACUAUCCUGGACAAUGGUCCAACACACGAUCUUCCUGUCUUCCUUGCAUGGAUCCUGUGGUAAGUCACGAUUUUAUCGACUUAACAUCGUUCCAGACCACCGGACAUGGCAGAUGCUCGGUGAUCUCACUACCAUGGUCUUUGCACUAGGCCUUCACCAGCCUGCUGCAGACAGUGACAUCCCAUUUUUCUUGGGAGAAAUCCGAAAGAGAGCUAUGGUCGCGGCUUAUGCUUUGGAUAAAGACAUUGCGACUUGUCUAGGCCGCCCGCCUCGAAUAUGCUGGCGUUAUUGCAAUAUCCAGUUCCCCCUGGACCUUAGUUUUGAGGAGGUAGUGGCCGAGCCGUUGGUCAGAGAGGCGGCGCUUCAGCAGCUCGAUGCAGCCGGGUGGAACAAGGAUGGACGAUUGGACAAGGGAGCACGUGGUAGAGGUGUCCUGAUCGUCAGUCUCUUCCGCGAAAGCGUACUGGAGGUAUCUUUGAGCCAUGAGCUUGACGGCUUGGAAAAUAGGGUCCUAGAGGUCUGCCGUAGGUCGGAUGAGUACCGCCUAGGUUUACCGGCGCACCUGCAAUGGACGGACGAGAAAGAAGAUCUGUCCCUGGCAUCGCUACAUCUUGAGUUUGUCUACCAGCGAUUUCUACUUUGCCAAACAUUGUUCAAGCGCAUAGGCAAGGGCCUUGACCUGCUGAUCAGCACGUCGUCGGAGAUCAUUACACUGCUGCUAAAGAUGAUCUCUAUGCACUCUCGUCUCGGAUCGGUUCCUCCGAGCGUAAAAUGGGACUUGUGUUAUAUCGGCCUGCCCGCCGCGGGGGCCUUAUCGAUCGAAUUGCUUCGACGCUCCCAGACCCACUCCCUGACGUCUUUAACAGCGUCUUCGGCACCUUUCCCCCGGUCGGAGAUCAUCCAGAAACUGUCCGUGUUCAUCGCUCAAUUCAAUACCUUUGUCCCUCAGAACGAGGGUGACUACGAGAUCAGCAAUCGAGGCCAGAAAGUCAUCUCGCAGGCGCUGGACCGCGUGCUCUCGGGUGUGCCCUCCAGCAUCUCUGCUUCAGAGGAUAUGGUGUCUGAUGGAGCCACCAUAGGCGACGAUGUGGAGUUCAUGGCCUUCUUGGAGAACUUCGACUGGGAGCAGGAGGCUCGGCUGGCUUUCUGCUAGAGAGAUGGCAACGCUCGCAGAAGAAGGGUUCGAGCGACAGCACCAGUAGAGAUCUCAUUUCCGGUAUCAGGAGUGCCGUGAGUUUCUAAGCUAAUGACUAAAUCGCACAUAUGACAUUUAACGAAUGAACAUGUCCACCAAUC